AUGGUAGGACCUGAAAAUCAUCCAAGCUUGCCAAAGCCUCUUCCUGUCCCCGUACUCUGCGUCCAGAGGAGACCUGGAACUCGCACAAGGCUCCCGCCACCGGGCAAGCCAGGGCCACCAGCUGCUCUUGUGGCCGACCGGGAUAUUCGGAACCCGGAGCCCCUGAAACGCAACCGAGUCCGCCUUCUGUUCGCUUCCAACAGCCACGGGCAAGACAACCUCCGAAACGUUGCGAUCCGUACUUGCAUCAUUCUAGCUCUUGCCACUAGAGUUUUCGCUGGAUUUUGUGACUGUGGGGUCGGCUUGGCUGCCACCUCGGCAGUCAGAGCUGUUCCGCACGCUACUUCAAUAGCUCCUGCCAUUGCCACUCCGGUUGACACGUACGCCACUGGUCCAGCCGCCACCAAGUCUGCAAGCACCUACACCACUGCUCCAGUUGUCGCUGCUGCUUCAGCUGUCAGGAAAGUCGCCUCUUCCGACGCCGCAGCUCCAGCUGUCCCCAAGGUUGCCUCAACCUACUCUGCUCCUCCAGCUGUCACCAAAGUUGCCACCACCACUGCUCCAGCUGUCACCAAGGUCACCACUACUAAUGCCACGGCUGCAGCUAUUGGCUUUCUCGAUGAAUCCGCAGCUGCCAGCUAUGGUGCUGCUCCUUUUGUUUUCGCUGGAGCAGCCUUGACGAAUUUCGCUUCCAGCUACGCCAACGCUCCAGCAGUGGCCGCUGCCACUAAAGGUCCAGUUUCCAGCUAUGCCGCAGCUCCAGCCUUGGCCAAGUUUGGUACCAGCUACGCCGAUACUCCAGCUGCUGAUGCUGUCGCCCAAGCCCCGUUUGCCAGUUAUGCCGCAGCUCCAGGCUUGGCCAAGUUUGGUACCAGCUACGCCGCUACUUCAGCUGCUGAUGCUGUCGCCCAAGCCACGUUUGCCAGCUAUGCCGCAGCUCCAGCCUUCGCCAAGUUUGGUACCAGCUACGCCGCUACUCCAGCUGCUGAUGCUGUCACCCAAGCCCCGUUUGCCAGCUAUGCCGCAGCUCCAGCCUUGGCCAAGUUUGGUACCAGCUACGCCCCUACUCCAGCUGCUGAUGCUGUCGCCCAAGCCCCGUUUGCCAUCUAUGCCGCAGCUCCAGCCUUGGCCAAGUUUGGUACCAGCUACGCCCCUACUCCAGCUGCUGAUGCUGUCGCCCAAGCCCCGUUUGCCAUCUAUGCCGCAGCUCCAGCCUUGGCCAAGUUUGGUACCAGCUACGCUGCUACUCCAGCUGCUGAUGCUGUCACCCAAGCCCAUUUUGCCAGUUAUGACGCUGCUCCAGCCCUAACCAACUUACACUACACUGCUGAUGCAGCUGUUGCUAACAACACGCACAAUUCACCAGUUGCCGCCUACUCCACAGUUCCUGAUGUGCAUAAUGGUGUUGGUGCUGGCAUUAUCGCUGCCCCAGCCCUCGCGUUAGACCAAGCUGUCCCAGCCGUCACCGCCGUGUCUGCUGUCCCAGCUCUUGCUGCCUACCCCAUUCCAGUCUACUAUGGCUACGGUGUUGGAGCCCUCGGCUAUGGUGUUGGCGACUACAGUUACGGCCAUGGUCUCCUUGGUUACGGACUGAAUUACGGCUACGGCCUUGGCACUCCAUUCCAUUACGGUGUUCUCCUGCGAAAGAAAUAUGAGUUAGAAGACAACAAAAAAGAUCAAUAA